AUGGCUCUGGGAAGCAGACAGAGGGAGCUGCUGUUGAACACGCUGAUGGAGCUGGGGGAGAAGGACUUCGAGCACUUCAGGUUCCUCACGGACCUGCCUCAAAGUGUGCGUGAAAACACCCGCCAGGCGUACAUUGCUGAUGAGCUGAUAAAGAAGCACGGCCAGAACACUUUGGACCAGACCAUCAUGCUUCUGGAGAAGAUUGGAAACAUCAAUUUGGCCGAAAAGCUGCGGAGCGACAUGCUGAAAAUAGAAGGCACCGACUUCUCCGUCCACGAUGACGAUCAGAUUGCCAGAUUGAAGAGGGAGCUCCAAGACAACCUGCGGCGUUUAUACAGGUUUGCUCCUGAGGGCAACACCGAGCGGUGGCAGCAGCAGCCCCUGGAGGACGUCUACACGGAGCUGGACGUCACCUACGGGGCAGACGUCAGCCCAGACGGGCGGCAUGAGGUCCUCCAGAUGGAGACGUGUGACGCCGCGGCCAAGCAGUCUAUCCUGCCGUGCGACAUCUUCAAAAGCCCUGACGGGAACCUGCGACCGAUACGCACGAUGCUCACCGUCGGCUUCGCAGGAAUAGGAAAAACCUUCCUAAUUCAAAAGUUUGUGUCAGACUGGGCCAGCGGUAGUACCAACCAGGACGUGGACUUCAUAUUUCCUAUCACCUUCCGCGAGUUAAACAUGGAGAAAGGGGAGAGCUUUACGUUGGCCGAGCUGAUCCAAACUUUUGUCUGCGGAGACAGGCACAUGAGCGAGAGACUGAACAAUAUAUUUGUCCACCUGCAAACUUCUGGGAAGCGGGACUUUGAAAGCAGUGGGAUCAAGAUCUUGUUUAUCCUCGACGGACUGGACGAGUGCAACUUCAAAAUCGACUUGAAGAAAGUGAGGAAAGUGGACAUGGAUGUGAGGGAAAGCUACCCGCUGGAGGUACUGCUGGCGUAUCUCAUCAAAGGGAAUCUGCUUCCUUGUGCCCGGGUUUGGAUUACCACGCGACCCGCGUCGGCCCCCGAUAUCCACUCCAACUUUAUCGACAGCCGAACAGAGGUGAGAGGAUUCACCGAUUCUCAGAGGUUGGAGUACUUCAGGAAAAGGUUCCCAAAUAAGGAGCACGUCAUUGAGCACAUUCGGAAAUCUCGCACCAUCUACAUAAUGUGCCACAUUCCGAUUUUCUGCUGGCUCACCGCAAUAGUUCUUCAGGAUCAUUUGGACAAAAGGAAGGAGGGAGAGCUUCCCACAACGCUGACUGACAUGUACUCAGCGUUUGUAGGUAACCACCUGGGAAACUCCAAGGAAAGAAAUACAGCGGAGUAUAUCCCUGACGUGAAAGCGCUCGCCAAGCUGGCCUUUGACCACACCAUGAAUAACUGUCAGAUCUUCUACGAGAAAGACCUGGUGGACAGCGGUUUUGAUUACAGUCAAGCUGCAAAACACUCCGGAAUAUUCACUGAGGUCUUUAAGGAGGUCCCUCCGCUCAGGAGAAACAAACAGAAGAUGUUUCAGUUCGUUCAUCUGACCAUCCAGGAGUAUAUGGCCGCAUUACACGUGAUGAUUUGCCUUUUCCAUGACAACAACAACGCACUGGACAAUUCAGGAUGGAAAAAAAUAUUCAUGCCUUUUAAGCGGGAGACAAUCACUGAGGUGCACAAGUCAGCUCUCGAGAAAGCCUCGAAGAGUGAAGGCAACCUGGACCUAUUCCUUCGCUUCCUCUUUGGCCUUUCCUUGCCAUGCAACCAGGAACUAGUGGGGGAACUGCUGAAGGCUCCUCAGGGCUGCGGGCAAAGCAAGUCAAAGACAGUCGAGUUGAUCAAGAAAAGGAUAAAACAGAACACUCCAGAAAAGAAUGUCAACUUGUUCUACUGCCUAAACGAGCUGAAGGACGACUCCUUGCUGAAACAGAUCCAGCAGGAAUUAGCUUCAAAACGUCUGUUUUGGUAUGAAGUGUCAAAUGACAUGUGGUCGGCCCUGGCCUUUUUCUUACUGACAGACGAUGAAACCAAGAAGUCCUUUCAACUUUCCAGCUACUCCCGAUCGCCUUUGUGGCUCGAAAAGCUGCUGUUGGUGGUCAAGGCUUCUCAAAAAUCCGACCUAACGGGUUGUAACCUGGACAAAGGCAGCUGUCACCUACUGGCUCCCGUUCUCAGUUCUCCAUCCAACCUGAGGCAUCUGGACCUGGGCUUGAACCCUCUGUCGGACGAAGGGGUGGAGAUCCUGUCGAAAGGACUGGCCAGCCCACACUGCAACUUAGAAGUCCUCACGCUGGUCCACUGCGGGCUCACCAGUAAAGGAUGUGUUUCAUUGGCUGAGGCACUCAAGGUAACCCCCUCCCAUCUUCAAGAGCUGGACCUGAGCUGCAACGAUCGAUUGGACAAGGGGGUCGAGAUCCUUUCGAAAGGACUGGCCAGCCCACACUGCAUCUUAAAAAUCCUCAAGCUGCUCGACUGCGGGCUCACCAGUAAAGGAUGUUUUUCAUUGGCUGAGGCACUGAAGGUAACCCCCUCCCAUCUUCAAGAGCUGGACCUGAGGUGGAACAAUCUGUCAGAUGAGGGGGUCGAGAUCCUCUCGAAAGGACUGGCCAGCCCACACUGCAUCUUAAAAAUCCUAAAUCUGCAAAAGUGCAAGAUCACCAGUAAAGGAUGUGUUUCAUUGGCUGAGGCUCUCAAGGUAAACCCCUCCCAUUUUCAAGAGCUGGACCUGAGUGGCAACAAUCUGUCGGAUGAAGGGGUUGAGAUCCUCUCGAAAGGAUUGGCCAGACCACACUGCAUCUUAAAAAUCCUCAAUCUGGAACACUGCGGGAUUACCAGUAAAGGAUGUUUUUCAUUGGCUGAGGCACUGAAGGUAACCUCCUCCCAUCUUAAAGAGUUGGACCUGACCCAGAACAAUCUGUCGGAUGAAGGGGUUGAGAUCCUCUCGAAAGGACUGGCCAGCCCACACUGCAUCUUAAAAAUCCUCAAGCUGUCCGACUGCGGGAUCACCUGUAAAGGAUGUGUUUCAUUGGCUGAGGCACUGAAGGUAACCCACUCCCAUCUUCAAGAGUUGGACCUGACCCAGAACAAUCUGUCGGAUGAAGGGGUUGAGAUCCUCUCGAAAGGACUGGCCAGCCCACACUGCAUCUUAAAAAUCCUCAAGCUGCUCGACUGCGGGAUCACCUGUAAAGGAUGUGUUUCAUUGGCUGAGGCACUGAAGGUAACCCACUCCCAUCUUCAAGAGUUGGACCUGACCCAGAACAAUCUGUCGGAUGAAGGGGUUGAGAUCCUCUCGAAAGGACUGGCCAGCCCACACUGCAUCUUAAAAAUCCUCAAGCUGCUCGACUGCGGGAUCACCAGUAAAGGAAGUUUUUCACUGGCUGAGGCUCUCAAGGUAACCCCCUCCCAUCUUCAAGAGCUGGACCUGACCAUGAACAAUCUUUCAGAUGAGGGGGUUGAGAUCCUCUCGAAAGGACUCGCCAGCCCACACUGCAUCUUAAAAAUCCUCAAGCUGUCACUGUGUGGGAUCGCAGAUAAAGGAUGCAUUUCAUUGGCCAAGGCUCUCAAGUUAAACCCCUCCCAUCUUCAAGAGUUAUUUCUCAUCAACAAUCGAAUAAUUGAAAAAGAAAAGAGGGUCUUAUUGGAGAUCAAGGAGGAUCCCAGCUAUAGCCUGAAGACUGUCGAAUUUAGCCAGAGGACCAGGUGUCGGCGCUACGGGCAAGUGGCCUCGCUCACAGAAUUCGAGGAGGUCGUCAUUUCUUCUGGUUCUUUGCAGCCACAUGGAGGUGGAGUUCAUCCAUUUAACGCUAGAGGCUGGUUCGGCGACAUCAAAGAGUUCUCUUUCUUCUCAGGGCCAGAGAAGGCCACUCGGCCGACGACCAGUGGCUCGUCGCAUGCCACGCGGCAGCCAGGCUCUCUCAUCUGCAGUUCUAGUUUGUGUCCAGACUUCCACCCCCCUUUGGUCCUCUUCGCAAGCCCGCCUAUGAAGCUAUCCUCGGCUUGGCAUCAGGCAGCCACGCGCGCUGACAUCGGCCGGUUUGGCGUUCAUUCCCCUCUGCGUCCCCGGAAACGAGCACUGCCAGCCUGCCGGGGCCUCAGCAGAACGACGAGCCGGGGGCUGGUCGAUCAGUGA